AUGGCUCCGCUACCCCCAGCGCGGCUGGCACACCACGAACGAGCUUUUACGUACACUGGGGUAGACUACUUCGGACCACUGCUGGUGAAGCUGGGAAGGUCCAACGUCAAACGGUGGGUUGCGUUAUUCACUUGUUUAACGGUGCGAGCUGUCCACCUCGAAAUUGCCUACACGUUGUCCACUGAGUCCUGUAUAUCCUGUGUACGCCGCUUCGUAGCUCGUCGAGGGCCGCCCGCUGAAUUUAUCAGCGACAAUGGAACAAACUUUCAAGGUGCUGAACGAGUGUUGCGGUAUCAAAUAGGCCAGGGACUGUCCGCAACGUUUACUGGAAUCGAUACAAAGUGGAGCUUCAUCCCACCUGGAGCGCCCCACAUGGGAGGCGCCUGGGAGCGCCUAGUGCAAUCUGUAAAAUUGGCAAUGAAUGAAGCGUAUACUGAAGGAAAGCUCGACGACGAGGGGCUGCAGACGCUGGUCGUGGAGGCAGAGAGGGUUGUGAACUCAAGGCCAUUGACGUAUUUACCGCUUGAAUCCGAAGAAGCAGAGGCACUCACACCGAACCACUUUCUACUGCUGAGCUCAAACGGAGUGAAGUUGGCAAGCGAAGACACCGCAGGAACACCAUGCAGCGAACUACAUCGUCGUGAAAUCCUGGGGAAGUCAUAUGAGUUGAUCCAACGUCAGCUGGAGGCCUUCUGGAAACGCUGGUUAACCGAAUACCUGCCGGUAAUCCGUCGACAAGCGAAAUGGUUCGACGAAGUUCCGGCCUUGCAACCAGGGGACCUAGUAAUGGUUGUAGAGCCAACAAAGCGUUAUGGAUGGGAAAGAGGACGAGUGGUUCGUACGAUAACUAAUCCGGAUGGCCGGAACCGACGUGCUAUCGUAAAGAUUGGUGAGAAGCAUCUGAUAAGGCCGGUGUCACGGUUGGCACUGCUUGACCUGAAUCAGUUUCGUGAGACUCCGGAAGAUUCCGGACCACACCGAGGGGAGACUGUCAACGCAGAAGUGGCCAAGCUGGCAACCCUGCCACCUAUCACUCCUGACGCGUUGCGUUUUAAAGUCGAGGCGUCGCGGCAAGACGUGUGA